AUGAGGACAAUCUGGCACUUCAAUCCCGCAAGAUCCCCCCAUCAUGGAGGCCUCUAUGAAGCAGCUGUGAAAUCGUUGAAGCAUCAUCUUUUAAGAGAGAUUGGGCAAACUAUCCUUACAUACGAAGAAUUGUCAACUGUCACCUCACAGAUAGAAGCCAUAUUGAACAGCCGACCAAUUUCACCACUUUCCGAAGAUCCCAAUGAACUGACGGCCCUUACCCCUGGUCAUUUCUUGGUCGGUCGACCACUCAAUUCUAUUCCUGACUAUGACCUAACGGCCCUGUCUCCUCACACACUAACCAGGUGGCAACUAUGCCAAAAGGUGCUACAACACUUCUCCGACCGUUGGAGCCGAGAAUACUUACACACCCUUCAGACACGAUCAAAGUGGUCCGCAGCUCAUGACAAUCUCCAAAUUGGAGACAUCGUGAUGAUUUAUGAAAGGACUCCAUCGCAUUCAUCACCUUUGGGGAUAAUAGAAAAGUUGCACCCCGGUAAAGACGGGAAAUGCAGGGUGGUUACCGUUCGCACCGCAAGGGGAACUUUCACCCGUGCCAUCCAAAACAUUUCAAAGUUUCCCAUUGAGGGAUUACCACCCUCAGCACCGCCGGGGGAGCAUGUGACAGAACCCCCUCAGCCUAUCCAGAGGGACGCGAUUAACCAGAGACCAUCCACACAGGUGACAGAACCCCCUCAGCCUAUCCAGAGGGACGAGAUUAACCAGGGACCAUCCACACAGGUGACAGAACCCCCUCAGCCUAUCCAGAGGGACGAGAUUAACCAGGGACCAUCCACACAGGUGACAGAACUCCCUCAGCCUAUCCAGAGGGACGAGAUUAACCAGGGACCAUCCACACAGAUGACAGAACCCCCUCAGCCUAUCCAGAGGGACGAGAUUAACCAGGGACCAUCCACACAGGUGACAGAACCCCCUCAGCCUAUCCAGAGGGACGAGAUUAACCAGAGACCAUCCACACAGGUGACAGAACCCCCUCAGCCUAUUCAGAGGGACGAGAUUAACCAGAGACCAUCCACACAGGUGACAGAACCCCCUCAGCCUAUCCAGAGGGACGCGAUUAACCAGAGACCAUCCACACAGGUGACAGAACCCCCUCAGCCUAUCCAGAGGGACGAGAUUAACCAGGGACCAUCCACACAGGUGACAGAACCCCCUCAGCCUAUCCAGAGGGACGAGAUUAACCAGAGACCAUCCACACAGGUGACAGAACCCCCUCAGCCUAUCCAGAGGGACGAGAUUAACCAGAGACCAUCCACACAGGUGACAGAACCCCCUCAGCCUAUCCAGAGGGACGAGAUUAACCAGAGACCAUCCACACAGGUGACAGAACCCCCUAAGCCUAUCCAGAGGGACGAGAUUAACCAGGGACCAUCCACACAGAUGACAGAACCCCCUCAGCCUAUCCAGAGGGACGAGAUUAACCAGGGACCAUCCACACAGGUGACAGAACCCUCUCAGCCUAUUCAGAGGGACGAGAUUAACCAGAGACCAUCCACACAGGUGACAGAACCCCCUCAGCCUAUCCAGAGGGACGAGAUUAACCAGAGACCAUCCACACAGGUGACAGAACCCGCUCAGCCUAUCCAGAGGGACGAGAUUAACCAGGGACCAUCCACACAGGUGACAGAACCCCCUCAGCCUAUCCAGAGGGACGAGAUUAACCAGGGACCAUCCACACAGGUGACAGAACCCCCUCAGCCUAUCCAGAGGGACGAGAUUAACCAGGGACCAUCCACACAGGUGACAGAACCCCCUCAGCCUAUCCAGAGAGACGAGACUAACCAGAGACCAUCCACACAGGUGACAGAACCCCCUCAGCCUAUCCAGAGGGACGAGAUUAACCAGAGACCAUCCACACAGGUGACAGAACCCCCUCAGCCUAUCCAGAGGGACGAGAUUAACCAGAGACCAUCCACACAGGUGACAGAACCCCCUCAGCCUAUCCAGAGGGACGAGACUAACCAGAGACCAUCCAUACAGGUGACAGAACCCCCUCAGCCUAUCCAGAGGGACGAGAUUAACCAGAGACCAUCCACACAGGUGACAGAACCCCCUCAGCCUAUCCAGAGGGACGAGAUUAACCAGAGACCAUCCACACAGGUGACAGAACCCCCUCAGCCUAUCCAGAGGGACGAGAUUAACCAGGGACCAUCCACACAGAUGACAGAACCCCCUAAGCCUAUCCAGAUGGACGAGAUUAACCAGAGACCAUCCACACAGUUGAUGAGGAUGAAGACAUUGUACAGAAUGUAUGAAUUAAUUAUUCCCGGACAGUCCCUGAGUCUCUAA